UUGCUCGGCGGAAGGGAACGGAACGGAGCUGAACCGGGCACUGGACCAUGCCGGGGGCGCGGGGCCGCCUCCCGUUGCUGCUGCCGCCGCUUCUGCUGCUGCUGCUCCCGGCGGCACCGGCGCCCCAGAGCUGCCUCAGCAGGCAGCAGCUCCUGGCCGCCAUCCGGCAGAUGCAGCAGCUGCUGAAGGGUCAGGAGACGCGCUUUGCCGAGGGUCUGCGUGUGAUGAAGAGCCGGCUGAGCACCCUGCAUGACUCCCUGGCCAAAGCCACCUCCGAGCCGAUGGCUGCCUCUUGCCCUGCUCUGAAAGCCCCCACUGAUGGGAAGAAGUUUGGCACCAAGUAUUUGGUGGAACAUGAGGUUCACUUCACCUGCAACCCGGGUUUCCAGCUCCUGGGCUCCAGCACAAGGACAUGCCAGGCCAAUGGCAGCUGGACUGGACAGGAGCCCCACUGUGCAGAGAUCAGUGAGUGCUCGAGCAGCCCCUGCCAGAAUGGUGGGACAUGCCUGGAGGGGCUGAACCAGUACAAGUGCCUUUGCCCACAGCAGUGGACUGGAGCCACCUGCCAGUAUCAGGCGCAGACAGCUCCCCCAGCCUGGAGUGUGACGGAUGACCCAGCAUUCAGCCGCCAGCCCCGCUGUGCCCAGAUUGACCAGACCCAGCACUGCAGCUGUGAGCCUGGCUUCCACAUGAGUGGCACAGCUGCCAACGCCCUCUGCCAGGACCUCAAUGAGUGUGAGGUGUACAAGCAGGAGGGGGGUCUCCAGCUCUGCGCCCAUACCUGUGUCAACCUCCCUGGCUCCUACCGCUGUGCCUGUCCUGAUGGCUAUAUCCUCCUGAGUGAUGGCAAGAGUUGUGAAGACAUUGACGAGUGUACCCUGUCCCAGGACAACUGCACAAGGGGGACCACCUGCAUCAACACAGGGGGGGGCUUCCAGUGCAUCAACCCACAAUGCCCCCAGCCCGCCGGCAAUGUCACCUAUGUCAAAACAGCACCCUUCCAGUGUGAGCGCAAUCCCUGCCCAAUGGAGAGCAGAUCGUGCCACCAAGCACCCAAAACCAUCUCUUUCCACUACCUUCCCCUGCCCUCCAACCUGCUGACGCCCACCCCGCUCUUCCGUAUGGCCACGGCAGCUGCACCCGGUCGGCCGGGACCUGACAGCCUGCGCUUUGGCAUUGUGGGGGGCAACAACCGCGGCCACUUCGUGAUGCAGCGCUCAGACCGGCAAACUGGAGAGCUCAUCCUGGUGCAGAGUCUUAAGGGGCCCCAGACCAUCCAAGUGGAUGUGGACAUGUCUGAGUACCUGGAUCGUGUCUUUCAGGCCAAGCAUGUGUCCAAAAUCACACUCUUUGUCUCUGCAUACGAGUUUUAAGGGAGGUUGCAUCUGGGGAGGUGAUGGUCCCUGCUCAGCAUCCUCCACCCCAAGCGCUGGCCCUGGAUGCAGGCAUCUAACGGGAGCUCCAGGAGACAUGUCAUACUGAAGCAAACCAUCCUUCUCUCUGCAUUAUGGUUAUUAUGCUCAGGCAGGUUUUAUACCCCCAUAAAAGGCAAAUGAGGUGCAAAAGAAACAAGGUGCAUGGGUUAACCCAUUCACCCAGGUGCAGGAACAGAGCAUUGUCCUCACCUGAGGCUCCUGAAGGGCCAUGUCCUCCAUGGUGCAGAAAACAGCGGACAGAACCCGCAGCCCUUAUUUCCUUUUUAAUUUUCCCUUUCUUUUUUAGUAAAUAAGUUCAGCUGGUGCAUGCUGAAGAAGGGAGGCUCAUGGUGGCUACCGUUCUCCUCCCUGCUGGCCCAGGAUUGCUUGCACUGACCCCAGCUGCAUGAAAACAUGCCUCUGCUGCCCUUUGGAUGCUGAUAAAUCUCACAGCAGCCUGCAGGGAUGCAACUAGACUGGAAUCUCAAUUCCCUGGGGUUUCCUAGCACUGGAAAAAUCCAUGACCAUCCAUCCCUACAAGACCUGGCUGGCUCCGGGUGCAAGCAGGACACUGCUGGUGGGCAAAGGAGGAAUCCCAGUGCUCUGCAGGAUGUGCUGGAGUCAUCCCAUGCUUCCACCCAUAGUCAACAGUUCCUUCAACCUCCUGAACUGGGUUGUGUGUGUGCAUCCUCCUCACUGCAGGCUGUGACUUCAGGGAGGGCUUUGACUGUGUAUUGAGGGAGGCUGAGGUGUGAAUAUUUCAUUUUUAUUUCCUCCUCCUGUGGGGGACAACACAUACACUUCCCUGGUCUUACACCCUUCCCCGUCAGUUCCUCGGUGCUUGUGCAUGUUACCUACACCUCCUGACGUUAUGCAUGUUUCUGUGUUAUGCUGAGCACAAUUAAAUACUUGAGCACAAUUAAAUAUAACCUCUGAUCAAGCACAGAGUGGAAUAAAAGUACCCCACAUACAUGGGGCCACGUUGUGAUGCUCAC